UCUGUGUAAAUAGGGCUAUUUUAUAUAUAAAAAAAAUCAAAAAGAAAUUGUGUGUAUUCUGGGUUGCAUAAAUCGACGGAAUUCCAGGUUAUAUCAAACGUCAAACCAAUUUAACCUUACUUUUCAGCCGUCAGAACAUGGAUAAUUUAACGCGGCUGUUGGAAUCGGCCUCCUUGUUGGACGCCCACGAGCACUUUAUGUCCUUUUGUCUGUUGGCGGCCCAACGAAGCAAGGACCCCUGUACCCAGGUGGGGGCUUGCGUAGUGGACCGGCAGGGCAACCUGAUCGGUUCCGGCUACAACGGCAUGCCUCGUGGCUGUCACGACGAUGAGUUUCCCUGGGGUAAAAGGUCUGAGGACCCUUUGGAAAACAAGCAUUUGUAUGUUUGUCAUGCGGAACUCAACGCUAUUGCUAAUACGACCGGGACCAUGAACGACUGUGUGAUUUAUGUGACGCUGUUUCCUUGCAAUGAGUGUGCAAAGUUGAUUAUCCAGAAUGGUAUCAGUGAGGUGGUGUAUUUGUCUGAUAAACACGCUCACAAGAAGAGUACUGUCGCGGCCAAGGCCAUGUUUGACAGUGCUGGUGUUAAAUAUUGGCAGUUCAAGUCAAAGAAAAAAAUUACAGUUGAAUUUGAAGACCUUCAAGAUAGGGUGGCCCCACGGAUUGUUUUAUAACCAAAAUACUUAAUGUAUUUUAAUAGAGAAAUGCUAUUUUCUAACAACUGCUACUGCUGUGAUUAUUUUUGUAUAAAUAAAAAAGCUGCAAUAAAAGUGAAAUAAACUGUU